ACUGUCAGCUGAGAAAAACACAACAUUGGGUAACCAAUUGCUGUCAACAAAAUAAGGAAUUUUCGUUUGGCCAAUCGCUUUUGCGCUAGUAGAAAAUUUCAUCGCCGUAAACGAUUGCUCUGAACAAUAGCAAUGUUGCGCUUGUUCGCCAACACCAUGCGACUCGCGGCCACCCGGCCUCUGAGCACGUCCACGGUGAAGAUGAGCGACAACUUGUUCGUGCAUCGUGAUACGCCCGAGGAUAAUCCUAGCAUUCCGUUUGAGUUUACUUCAGAAAAUCAGAAGCGAGCCGAAGCUAUUCUGAACAUCUAUCCGGAGGGACACAAGCGCGGUGCCAUGAUUCCCUUGCUGGAUUUGGCCCAAAGACAGCACGGUUGGUUGCCAAUCUCGGCCAUGCACAAGGUUGCCGAUAUUCUGGGACUGCCCCAUAUGCGUGUGUAUGAAGUAGCCACAUUCUAUACAAUGUUUAUGCGAAAACCGACCGGAAAGUAUCACAUCCAGGUGUGCACUACUACCCCGUGCUGGCUGCUCGGUUCCGAUGAAGUGCUGGAAUGUUGCAAGAAAAAUCUGGGUAUCGGCGUUGGAGAAACCACUAAAGAUGGCAAAUUUACUAUUUCUGAAGUAGAAUGUCUAGGAGCUUGCGUGAAUGCUCCAAUGUUGGCCGUUAACGAUGAUUACUACGAGGAUUUAAGUGUAGCUGAUACGGAAGAAAUUUUGAAUAGCCUCAAGCAGGGACAACAACCGCGUCCUGGACCACGCAAUGGACGGUUUGCGUCCGAGCCAGUCGGUCAACUGACUUCACUUACCGAGGAACCGAAGGGUCCCGGUUUUGGGCUACAAGCAGGACUGUAGUUUCGCUAAUCGUUAUUCUGUCGCGUCCUAGUUGAAGGAAUAAAAAUCGCAAAAAUCUA